GACCCGCGGGCCGCGACCUUCCUCUGAGGUCCUUCCUUUUGCGCAAGCGCAGAACACCCGCUGGGCGCACAGUAGAGCCAAGAUGGCGGCGGUGGUGGAGAAUGUUGUCAAGCUGCUGGGUGAGCAGUAUUACAGGGACGCUAUGGAGCAGUGUCACAACUAUAAUGCCCGUUUGUGCGCAGAGAGGAGCGUGAGGAUGCCCUUCCUCGACUCUCAGACAGGUGUCGCCCAGAGCAACUGCUACUUCUGGAUGGAGAAACGGCACAGAGGACCAGGUGUUGCCCCAGGUCAGUUGUACACAUAUCCAGCACGACGCUGGAGAAAGAAGAGGAGAGCUAAUCAUCCAGAGGACCCUCGUCUAGCCUUCCCAUCCCUAAAGCCCGAGCUGGAUCUGGGGCUUAAGAAGGACGUUUUCUCCAGUGAUGGCAGCAGCUUAGAGGCUCUUCUGAAGGGAGAGCCACUGGAUAAAAGAUCUGGAUUGGAGCUCCGCACAGGGGAGGAGGAGCCCAGCUCUACAGAGUACUCUACCGGGGGACUAAACCCCAGCAGCAGGAUCCGUAAAAGAAUUUUGGAGCCAGAUGAUUUUUUAGAUGAUCUGGACGAUGAAGAUUAUGAAGAAGAUGCUCCAAAAAGACGGGGAAAAGGCAAGGGAAAGGGUCGUGGUGUCAGCAGUGCUAGGAAGAAGUUGGAAGCAGCAGCUGCUUUGGAGGAUCAGGACAAACCGUACGCCUGUGACAACACUUUCAAACAAAAGCAUAUUUCAAAAUCUUCCGAAAGAGUCUGUGGGAAGCGCUAUAAGAACAGGCCUGGUCUCAGUUAUCAUUACGCCCACUCUCACUUGGCUGAGGAGGAGGGGGAGGAGAAAGAUGAGAUGGACAUUCGCGAACCAACUCCACCCCAACAAGACGAACCGAAGACUCCUAAGAAGGGCCCAGACGGUUUGGCUCUGCCGAACAACUACUGUGAUUUUUGUUUGGGAGAUUCUAACCUGAACCAGAAAACUGGCCAAUCAGAAGAGCUUGUGUCCUGCUCAGACUGUGGCCGUUCUGGUCACCCCUCGUGUCUGCAGUUCACUCCAGUAAUGAUGGCUGCUGUGAAAACCUAUCGCUGGCAGUGCAUUGAAUGCAAGUGCUGUAACAUAUGUGGAACCUCAGAAAAUGAUGACCAGCUGUUGUUCUGUGAUGACUGUGAUCGAGGUUACCACAUGUACUGCCUCUCGCCCCCCAUGUCUGAACCUCCUGAAGGAAGUUGGAGUUGUCAUCUGUGUUUGGCCCUCCUGAAGGAGAAGGCUUCCAUAUACCAAAAUCAGAAUGCACCGCCAUCGUGAUGGCCUUUUUGGAAAGACAGACCCUCUUUCACAUAGUUCCCUCCAAGAUUUGUUUGUUCAAUUUAAGCAAACAAAACUUUUCAAACAGAAGUUGAAGUGGAGCAGAAAAGGGAUGACCACUUCGCCCAGGCCCGCAGACACAAAUGGAGAGAGAGAAAGGGAGUGAGAAAAAGUGUGCCCUCUUAAUUCUUUCACAUCUCAGCAGGUUUGAUCUCUGUAUGACUGUUACACAGUUCCAAGUUUCAAACUACCCCUGCUCUUUGUUUUCAACUAUCAGCCCCCCACAACUAACACAGUACUUCCAUACCAAAUCCAGUCACUCUUGACCCUUACAGCAGUACAGACAUGGAGGAAGUCACUAUGAGAAAAUUAUGACUCUGUUUUUGAGUUCCUGCUCAUAUUAGACCUGAUAUUUCCACCCAUUUCUGCAGACACUGUUUAACAGAAAACUAAUAAUAAACCACAGCUUAUAUCAGCCAAAAUAAAUAUAGCAUAUUCAGCCAUAUCCAAAAUAAUCUGUAUGGACACUAUGCUUAUCAUGGAGAGAAAUAGUUGAAACCAAUCAGCAUGCCAAUGCUUGUUCAUAAUAAGCGGAAUAGAAAAGAAACGAUAAUGUGUUUUUGUAUAUUUAUAUAUUUGUAUAGCAUAUAAAGGUGUGUUGUAUUUAAGAUCUUAAACAAUAGAAAUGGCUCAUUAUUAUGAUGAGAGUUGCUUGGGAAUUUUUUUCAUAAUGAUAGCAUCUACAUUUGCCACUGAAGCACAGAGUCUAGCAGUCAGUGUGUGAGCUCUUUACUAACUAAUGGGUUAAUGGUGCAGGUAAAGGUAGUGAUUUUGAAUGGUAUUUUUAUAUUAUUAAUUUUUGUGCUUUUAGAAAAAUGUUCAGAAAUCGGUUCAAAUUUAGUAAAAGAUGAGGAAUAGGAUUGAAAGAGAGGACUAAAAAAGAAAAAGUCUAGUUUAAAAGAACGUCCAGAAACUAUUAUAAUUUUUGGCAAUUAAUUGAGACAUAGAAGAAUGUAUUGCAGACUACACUGAGAUCAGUUUGUGAAUGUUCAUAGUUUGAUCCCUUUCAAAGUAAUUCUGAAGGAUUUGCUGUUGACUACAUGAUAGAUUUGUAUAGUGGACAGACACUUCAAUGCCAUAAUUGUCAUGUUUACUGUGAUGACGUUUCAUUGAUUACAGUCAUACAUAUAUGACAUACACGUUUUAUUCAUAUGUAUUCUUUUAUCAAAUGGAAAUUCAUCAAAUUGCCAAUUGCCAGCUUGUGUAGGAUAUUGAGCAAAAGUUCUUCUGCCACUCAAAAACUGAAAGGUCUGUCUCUAGAUGUGUACUAUGUUAAAGAACAGGUCAUAUGUUUUUUUUUUAAAGGGGUCAUAAGAUGCGAUUCCUUGUUUUCCUUUUCUUUAGUGU